AUGCGACGAAUUUCAGUGUGGGUCCUGUUGGGCCUAGCGCUGUUUACCCUUAGCACUGCGGGAUUACAGGUACAAGCUGAAGCACCAACCGAGUACGAAUGCAGACCUUACAUUGAGAGAGCCAUUAAAGAUCUAAAGUCCGAAUCAGCGGAAGUUGCCGACGAAAAUGCCAGCAUAGAGAACACGAUCGAUGUAACAAGCCAGGAAGAGGAGGACAACACGGCAGCGGAGGAAGUGAGUACCGAGGAAACGGACGCAGCUGCGGACGAUGGUUCGGAAGAGAUAACUCCCUCGGAAGAGGUACAGGAGCAGUUGUUUGCCGAUGAAGCGGAGGACGAAGCGACCGAAGCGGACCCGGCAGCUGAUGGAGAGUCGGAAAAUGUAGAAGACACGGAAGAAACCGAACAGGACGAGGACGAUGAGGACGAUGAGGACAACCAGGAUGAGCAGGACGAGGAGGACGCAACCGAAGAAAAUGUGCAAUCCGAGGAAACCGAACCGACCGUGUCCGAAGAAGCUGAACAGUCUGAGGACGUCCAAACGGAAUCGGAAGAGCUGACGUCCGAAGAAUCCGCCAACCAGGUGCUGGACGACAAUGAGGAGGAUGACGAUGAUGGCGAGGAUGAUGACGACGAGGAGGAGAAUGAUGAUGUAGCUACGGUAGAAGUCACUCAAUCCGCGGAGGAAGCUACCGAGAGACAGGAAAAAGAAACUGAUGAUGAAGAUGACGACGAAAACGAUGAUGAUGGUGAUGAUGAUGAGGAUGAUGAAGACGAGACGCCAGUAAAAGUAGACGAUGAGACCAAAUCAGAGGAACAGAAUGAUGACGAUGACGAAGAAGAGAAUGAUGAUGAUGAUGAUGAUGAUGAUGAUGAAGAGGAAGAACAUGAAGAACAAAAUAAUACUGAAGAUGAUGAGGAUGAUGAUGUAGAAGAGGAAAAUGCUGCUAAAGGCUCGUACGACGAUCGUGAGCAGGAAGAUGAUGAAAAUGCUUCUGCAGAAGAUGAUGAGGAUGACGAUCUAGAAGAGGAAAAUGCUGCUAAAGCAUCGUACGACGAUCGUGAGGAGGAAGAGGAUGAAGAUGUUUCUGCGGAAGACGCAGAUACCGUCUCAGAGGAGGGUAGUGAAAAUGACGAAGUAGUCGAUAGUUCCGAGGACACUAACCAGAAUGACGAUUUGGAAGGAACAAAUUCAGAGGAACAGGAAACUGACACAGAUAACGACGAUGAAGAUGAAGAUGAUUUGACUGAGGAAUCGGUGGCUAGUGGUGAGGAAGCUGACACGGAAGAGGCACCGACCAGUGGAGAAGUGGAAGAUGAUGACGAUGAUGACAAUGUGAGUGAAGAAACGGAACGUGAUACAGUGGAAACCAGUACUGCAACAAGCGAGGAGGAGAACGACGAUUCUGAACCUGAGGCUAGUGAGCAAUCUGAGGAGCAAGUGGUCGAAAGUCAGGAAGAUGAUUCUGCUCCUCAGGAUGAUGCUUCCAAGGAAGAGCCUGCCGACGAGAGCAGCGAGGACGCAACCACUGUAGAGGAUGUAGAAUCAACCUCUCAGGAGCAGGAAGAACAAAGCGCUGAAGAGGCAUCCGAUGUCCAGGAAGCUGCUGAAGAGAGUGCUGAGGAAGCUGACGCAGAAUCGGCAGAACAGGAAACCCCUGACGCGGAAGAUGAAAGCGAAGAGGAGGUCGUUGUGAAGCAGGACUCGGAGGAAUCUUUGGCCCAGGCAGGGGAAGAAAGUGUUGAGAAAGCAUCCGAAGAAACCGAAACCGAAUCACAGGAAGAGUCAUUCCCCGAGGAAGAUCUGCUAUUGGAGUACGAAAUUCCAUCGAACCUUAGAGAUACUACGCACAUCUACGAACUGCUGAAUAUCAACGACGACGCACCCGCCCGGGAGAAGGCCCUGCAAGAUACGGCCGACGUGAUCUUGCGCGAUCUUAAGCGUAUCUACGACAACUCGAUCAAACCCCUCGAAACCUUGUACAAGUAUCGCGAUCUCAGCAACCGUCACUUUGGCGAUCCGGAGAUAUUCUCGAAACCGCUCGUGCUGUUCAUGGGUCCGUGGAGCGGUGGCAAAUCAACCAUUCUGAACUAUCUGACACACAAUGAGUACACGCCUAACUCUGUGCGGACAGGUGCUGAACCGUCGCCCGCAUACUUUAACAUUUUAAUGCACGGUGACGAGCCGGAGGUUUUGGAUGGUACCCAACUGGCCGCCGAUUGGACUUUCUCGGGAUUGCAAAAGUUUGGACAGGGUCUGCUUGACCGUCUGCGUGGUCAAAAGCUGCCCAACCAGCUGCUCGAAAGGGUUAACAUUGUGGAAAUUCCAGGCAUUUUGGAGGUCCGGAAGCAGGUGUCCAAGUACUUCCCGUUCAACGAUGCCUGCCAGUGGUUUAUUGAUCGCGCUGACAUCAUCUUCCUGGUGUACGACCCAUCCAAGCUGGACGUUGGACCAGAAACUGAAGCCAUCCUGGACCAGCUCAAGGGACGAGAAUAUCAGACCCGAAUCCUACUAAACAAAGCUGAUCAAGUGAAACCUGAGGAGCUGUUGCGAGUGCAGAGUGCCUUGAUCUGGAACAUUUCUCCGCUGAUGUCGUCGGCGCAACCACCGGUCAUGUACACGGUGUCUCUAUGGUCCAAUCCGUUCGAAGUAGGAGCACCCGUCCGUCUGCUCCAAGCACAGGAACGAACUUUGCUGCUCGAUCUUGGCCAGGCUAUCGAUAAACGAAUUGAGAACAAAAUUGCCAGUGCACGUCGAUUUGCGGUUCGCGUCCGCAAUCACGCGAAGAUGGUGGAUUGCUACCUCACUACGUACUACAACCACAAGACGCUGUUCGGUAAUAAGAAGCAGAUUUCCGAGAAAAUCAUUGCCAACCCGCAGGACUAUCACAUCUACGAGGGCCUUUCGACGUUGACCAACAUUUCUCGAUACGAUCUGCCCGAUCCGGAAGUUUAUCGGGAUUUCUUCCACCUGAACCCUCUGUACGAGUUCAAGAAGCUUUCCGAAACGUGCACAUACUUCCGCGGCUGUCCGAUCAACAAGCUCGACGUUGCGAUUGCGUACGAGCUGCCCGAACUGGUCGGCAAGUACAAGAAAAUGUCGGAGGCUGCUCUUGCUAAGCUGGAUGUACUCACGCCCACAUCCGAUUUCGGCAAGGGGAAAUCGAAUAGUUGA